UCUCCAUAGUCCAUGCCUCUACAUAUCCUGACUAUGCUCUAGAGGAGGAAGUGGCCAUCUACAGAACUGAGUGUCAUGGAUCUGGCACAGGUUAAAGGCAACAAAUUAAAGCAAAGAGGCCUUGGAAAAUAUAUUCUAGAAAGCAAUUACAGAAUGAUAAGGAUCAAACAUGAGAAACCUUGAAGGAGAGAAUGCUUGGCUACAGGAGUGGAUCCAUGAAGAACUCGCCCAUGGGGAAGUCUGGCAGAGACAACACGAGGUCCUGUUGGGGCACCAGGCCCAGCUCUGCUCCCUGCUGCAGGCUAAGAGUUUCCAACCUCUGGAGAAGAAGACCCAAGCACUACAAGAGGAGCUGGAGGAAGCCCAGGAGGCCCUGCGGGAGUGCCGCAAUCAAAGUCGACAACGGCAACUGCACAUUCACAAGCGAGAAAAGGAAAAUCAGAAAAUGACUGAGACAGUGAAAGAACUGGAAAAAAAGGUCUUCAAGCAACAGCUGGAGGAGAACUCAAGCAAGGACAUCCUGAAAGAGCUGAGAACAGAAGGCAUGGAACUAAAGAGACACUUGACUGAAUGGGAGGCCAAGUGGCGAGCAAAGAAUGAAAGGAUCAGGCAGAAGCAGCACCAGAUUGAGAAACUGAACACCACCAUUCAAGGAUUGUCUUUGAAGAGUCAGGAGCUCCACAGAAACAUCACCCUCUUGGAAGAUCGUGUGGUGGAAGCUCAGCAGGAAGCGGCAUUCUUCCAGAAAGAAGUACUUUCUGAAGCCCCAGAUGGCAGCUUUCUUUGGGAGGAACGUGCAUGUGAUCAGAUGAAAAGACUUCCAUGCUUGGAACUAAGCAGAAUCCAUUUCAAAGAACAGCUUUUCCCUUCCAUCUCCCUUCCACGGCCAUCUCUCUGGGUUGCCUGGAACCUGCUGUGGGCAGCAGCCAAAACUCUGCUGUUGCUGUUGCUGCUGACUUUGAUUGUCUGCUUUUUGGGGGGCUUAUUCUCCAGCCGGCCAUGUGCACAUCUGCAGUCAGCUCCCUUGUUCUAUAUCCAACCCAAGGGGCUAUGGCCCCCUCUAGUUUCAUAAAGACACUUACAUUCCUGUUACGAAUGACUCUGAAUAAAUAUAAUGAAAA